UAAGAAGGGUAAUGUUGGUGGUUUGUGUCACUUGUCAAGAUUCCUCUAAUCUCUCUUGAAGAUGAAGAAUCAUUUGGGCAAAGUUUUGCUUCUUCUCCUUCUUCAAUGGGGAAGUUUAUUGGUUGCCCAUGCAUGCCCAUACUGCCCUUACCCACCAUCUCCGCCCAAGGUCCACCCUAAACCACCACUUCCCCCAAAGGUCCCAAAACACCCUCCAAAAGUUCAUCACGAGCCGCCGCCCUGUCCUCCCAAAUCUCCGGUAGUGCACCCGCCGCAUGUACCCAAACCUCCGGUCGUGCACCCGCCGCACGUACCCAAACCUCCGGUUGUGCACCCGCCGCACGUGCCUAAACCUCCGGUGGUUCAUCCUCCGUACAUUCCCAAACCGCCGGUGGUUCAUCCUCCGUACAUUCCCAAACCUCCGGUCGUUAAGCCACCACCCAUUGUCCCAACGCCUCCUGUCGUGACACCGCCUUACGUGCCAAAGCCCCCGGUGGUGACCCCGCCAGUACUCCCCCCGCCGCCGCCAGUGGUAAUAACACCACCGCCGUACGUGCCAAAGCCUCCGGUAGCUACACCGCCGCCUCCACUACCUCUCCCGCCAGUGGAAAAGCCAUGCCCACCUCCUCCUCCACCUCCAGUUGAAAAGCCGUGCCCGCCGCCGCCGCCGCCGGCGCAACCAACUUGCCCGAUCGACGCCCUGAAGCUGGGGGCAUGCGUGGACUUGCUGGGCGGGCUGAUCCACAUCGGAAUCGGCGGCAGCCCCAAGGAUACAUGCUGUCCAGUUCUGGGAGGACUUGCAGGGUUAGACGCCGGAAUAUGCCUUUGCACCACCAUUAGAGCUAAGCUUCUGAACAUAAACAUUAUCCUCCCCAUCGCGCUUCAAGUCCUCAUCGACGACUGUGGGAAGACUCCCCCGGAAGGGUUCAAGUGUCCCGCCUGAGAGGA